AUCCUGAUCACAGCUCUGCGGGACAUUUAUGAUUGUGAGGACUUUUUGGAGAUGUGAGCUAACAAAGAGCAAACAGAGGACAGGACUGCACUGUGCUCCAUUCAAACAGCAGGCGCUGAAAUCAGCCUGGAUUUGAGUGUUCUUUAUGUAACAGCAUAAAGUUAGAACUGUGAAGGUAUCACUUUAAAAGAAAAUGUAAUGUAAAAUACCCUCAUGUAUGUAUGCAUUAAGAUGCAGAAUACAGAUGCAGAUACAGCAAUAGAAGUCCUCCUGUGGGUCUCCAAUAAUAUGAACGCAUCAGUGUCAUUUCAGGCAGCUCAUGGUCAUUUUCAUCACAGACAUUCUGCUGAUUGUGUCCUCAGUUCUCAGUAGCUUGGUUUGUAAAAGUUCAGACUCAGAGUGUGACUUAGCGUUGCACUUAAGUGCAGCAUAUAGGUUGUUGCUUAGUAACAAGGCAUCAACUACGUUGCCUUUCUUUAUCAUAAACAGAGACCAGUACUUGCUGAGCGUUUGUGUUGUGAGCUUGAUUAGAUGUAGGAAACAUAAAACAGGUUUUCACCUUCAGAUGUUUGAGCACUGAGGAUGCAGCCUGGUCAUGUACAGGUAGAUCCACCCUCUCAGUGUCAGGGCUUUCGUGCACAGGAACAACAUCAGCAUAAAACAGACACUAUGAGACCUGUUCAGACUACAGACGUCCCACAGCAGCCUGUCUGUAAGGAGGAGGAGGUUCUCAUUGAGCUGCAGCUCUGUGACCAGGAGGAACCAGAACCUCCACAGAUUAAAGAGGAACAGGAGGAACUGUGCAGCAGUCAGGAGGGAGAGCAGCUGGGACUGAAGGAGGAGACCGAUACCUUCAUGGUGACUGCUGCUGAGGAAAGAGACCACAGUGAACCAGACAAUGAUCGGCUCAUCACUAAUAACUCCCCUCUUGCUGAGAGCCAAGAUCAGGGAAGAAGCAGGAGUGCAGAUCCAGGAUCAACGAAAAAUCCAAACAGAAGUAAAAAUGCAGAAAGCUCUCCUUCGUCAGAGAGUCGGUCCAGUACUGGUGCAGGUACAAAGUCGUUAAAGUGUGAUGUCUUUGAACAAACCUUUAUGCAUGAGUCCCAAAUGACUUUACAUAACAGAGCUCACACAGGUGAGAAGCUGCAUGUUGGUAACUCUGCUGGGAAAGGUUUUAAUCAGAACGGUGCUGUGUUGGAGCGCGUGAGAGUUCAUGCAGGUAAACAUCUCUGUAAGACUUGUGGUAAAAUGUUUUCUUGCCCAUCAGCACUUAGAAGGCAUACACAGAUCCAUACAGAUGAGAAGCCAUAUUCCUGUAAAACAUGUGGGAAAAACUUUUGUCGAAUUUGUCAUUUGACCAGCCACAUGAGAACUCACACAGGUGAGAAACCGUAUCCUUGUCAAACAUGUAGUAAACAGUUUUCCAGGUCAUCGUCACUUAAAGAACACGCAAGGCUCCACUCAGGUGAGAAGCCGUACUCUUGUGAAACAUGUGGUAAAAGGUUUUCCAGGUCAUCGUCACUUAAAGAACACGCACGACUUCACUCAGGUGAGAAGCCGUACUCUUGUCAAACAUGUGGGAAAAGGUUUUCCAGGUCAUCGUCCCUUAAACAACAUGUGCGGCUCCACUCAGGUGAGAAGUCCUACUCUUGCAAAACAUGCGGGAAAAGUUUUCGUCACAAUAGAAGUUUGUUUUUCCACAUAAGAACUCACACAGUUGAGAGGUCACAUGUUGGUAACACCUCCAGUAAAAAGUUUUCAAAUUCAACAUCACUUAAAAAACACACAGAAAUUCAUUCAGGUAAAUAGCUGCAUUCCUGCAAAACGUGGGAAAAGUUUAAAUUCUCAUUUGACUAGCCAUGUAAAUGUUGAAUAUCAGCUAUUAUCUCCUGCUGAGAGCUCACACAGGUGAGAAGCUGUAGUCUGUAGUCUUCUCUAUUUGGAGCCAAGUUUUACACAAAUGUACAAAUUCAUGCUGGUUCAAAUGUUUUUGCUUUUGGCUUGAAAACCUAUUCAGACUUCUACAAUGAUUGUUUGACUGUAUUACAUGUUGCAAUGUGUGAACUAAAUCUGAUGAUACCCAUCAUGUUGAAGCUUUUUCAUUCGUCAGGCAGCAACAGGUCUCAAAAAAGGUUUGACAGAUGAUUCAAGCGGCUCAGCAGUCCCCCCGGGUCUUUGUUGUGUUUUUGGUUUUCUGAUGCUCCAGAGGUUUUAGUUG